AUGGAGCCCACGGCAACUCUCCGAUCCUCUAUGACCCAUCCGUACCUGACCAGUAAGUUCCAGGUGGGGUCUGCCAAGAGUGACAAGAUCAAUUACACCUUGGCACAGAAAGUUUUCCACAGUGGAGACGUGCCGCACGAGGUGCUCGAGUCCAAACGAGCUGUCCAAAAAAGGAAACAGCCAAACAUCUUGGGCACUGAAAAGCGCGACUGGAACUCCUCAACCAUUGCCGAUCAAAAGAUUCAGAAGGAUGUUCACAAGGACUUGAAACGCCAUUUACUUCAAGUCCGAGCUGGACUCCAUGACGAGAAGAUUCUCAAGCCAUGCAAAGCUCACACCGAUGAGGCGAUCGUCGAACGUCAUAAGUUCAUUGUGGCACUCACUGGCCAGGGGCCAGUUGGCAAGCUGUCAGGCAGGUGGUUCAAUGCAAUCGACGAGCGCGGCCUGCCAGCCCACUGCAUCGCCGAUCAUUGGAGUGACUGGAAUUCUUCUUACAGCACUCACACCAAGGAGGACGUCGUCCAGGCCCAUGCGGUGGUGCAGCAGAAGGAUGACCGUCGCAGGCGCAUGAUGGGCAAGGAGAGCAAGCUGAACAAGGAUGCUUACGUCAAUCCUACGAAGGCCAUCACCAACAUGAACGACAGACUUCGUGAGCGGAAGGUGGACUUCCAGGAUCUGAAGGACCAGUUCAAGCGAGAACUCAAAGUGGAGUUCCCUCAAGCUUCUGAAGAGCGGCUUCAAGCCAUGGCGCAGAGGCUGCUCAAUGAAAAGCUCCUGGCUGACGAGAAGAUGUCUCGGUUCCCUGUGCAGCAUGAAAGCUUCCGGCCAAACCUUUCUUUGACGACCCAGGACCGCAGGUACAAGGAGCACUUCCACCCUGGGACGUUCGUGUGGAACGAGGCAGAGAAGCGGGAGGCGUGGACUUGCUGCUUGAACUUCGACGCCGACUCUCGCGGCUGCGAGUCGCGCGUGGUGAACCCGGACGCCUGGAGCUACCAGGGCUUCGAGCGCGCGUCGGCAUGA